UGGAACACAAGAGCAAGGAGCUUGUGCCGAAAGAUUAUCGCCGAAACCCUCCAGGUGCUGUAAACACCAUCACAUGUUGUCAAGUGUCCUGCUGCUGAUGUUAGUGCUGCUCAUCAACCUCGCCAGUAUGGGAUCUUGCACUUAACACAAGAUGGACAGUAAAAAGCAGAGUGCCAUGGAAGCUGUAGCCAGCAGUGUUCUCACCCCGGCCCCACACUCAUGCCCCACCCAGGCUUCCUGCCAUCCUGUGCGCCAUGCCAGUAGCCAAGGAUCAGAGGCACGAGAGAAGAACAGCACUGUAGGGCCCGAAAUGUAUACUUCAAAUCCAAACCAAAUUAACUUUGUUGGUUUGCUUCACAUGAUGCCCUCAUCAGACACAGCAGGACUCUAUACGUGCAAUACACCAUUCCAGCAGGUCCUGAAUUUCAACUCCAGUUUGGUCCAUUACCAGAGGAGUCAAGGGCCUGCCUCAGGAUAUCCAGCUGGACCAGGAUGCCUCCUCCCACCAGGUUUGCCACAGCUUCCAUCAACUCCAGGUUUCCUUACUGGAGCUGGCUACCACUUGCCGCUCAAUGAGGCUUCACUGCUUGGUAGCCAGAGAUUUCCCAUGUGCACUUUGUUGCCUCCUGGCCAGACAGGGACACCCCUUCAUUUUGCAGCUAUUGUAGGGGACAAGCAGAAGCUAGCUAUUGCUCUGCAGGAUAAGAAUGUUAAUCUGGAAGCUCGGGAUCGCUGGGGACGUGUUGCAUUGGUGUUUGCAGUGUUGGGUAACCAUCAGGAGUGUGUUGAGCUACUGCUACAUGCCGGGGCAAAGCCUGAUGCUGUAGACUCUCACAGACGCACUCCUCUACAUUUUGCUGCAUAUAAAGGUCAUCUUGGCUGCAUCAAAUCCAUCCUUCAUACUGUAGAGAGCAAGAACAUUUCACAUUCAGAACAUUCCAAUGGUGUGUGGCUGGCUCAGGAUGUGAAAGGGGUAACUCCACUCCACCAUGCAGCCACUCACAGCAAUCACAAGUGCCUUCAAGCUCUCCUGAAACAUACGGUGGCUGGUACAUUGGACACAGAGGACCACAAAAAGAGAACGCCCCUUCACUGGGCAGCAGCAUAUGGAUCUCAGGAGAAUGUGCGCCUCCUCAUAAAACAUGGAGCUAACAAUCUAAUGCCUGACCAAGAAGGCAAGACUCCUCUACACUGGGCAGCCAUGAGCAAAGCUGAUGGAGCCAGAGAUUGUGUGCGGACACUGAUUGGAGCAGCUCCAUCCAAUGUCAACUGGCAGGACUUUGAUGGUACGACAGCUCUGCAUAUAGCUGUGGCAGAGGCUAGGAAAGAAACUGUGGAUGUCAUUCUGUCUGUCCAGAACUGUAAUGUAAAUUUGACAGACAACCAAUUCAGGACUGCUUUGCAUUGGGCAUGUAACAGAGGAGUGAGUGCCAUUGCUGCUCACCUGAUGAAACGUGUUGCUCAAGUUGAUGCUGUUGAUAUUUAUGGAGCCACACCUUUGCACUAUGCAUCCAAACACAAUCAUGCAGAUAUUGUGGAACUGCUGGUAAGACGGCCACGUGUGAGGGAUGUUCCUACUCUGGAUGGCCACACCUCCUUGAUGUGGGCUGCAGCUCAGGGUGCUGACUCUGCUCUCACAGUGAUGGUGAGGCAUGGGGCUCUCCUCACCCAGGCAGACCCAAGGGGAUGCACUGCCCUUCACAUUGCUGCAGAAGCUGGACAUGUCUCCACAGUCAGGGUGCUUCUCCGUCUUCAGGCACCACCAGAUGCCUGUGCAAAUGAUGGAAGAACACCGGUGCAUUAUGCUGCCCGAGCAGGACACACACAGAUAGUGAAAGUAUUGGCAAAGGCUGGAGCAUCCCUGGAACACAGAGACAAAGAGGGACAGUGUGCCCUUCACCAUGCAGUUCUUGGUGGUCAUCUGUUUCUGGCCCAGAUCCUCAUCAGAGCUGGUACAUCAGUUAAUGUGCAGGACUACUAUGGCCGCCCACCACUCCACAUGGCAGCUUACAGAGGCCUCAGUGACAUCAUGUGCCUCUUGCUGGAGAAUCGCGGUGAUGUGAAUGCCAGGGACUUUGAGGGGUUGAGUGCUCUUCACUGGGCAGCUGAGCAAGGUCACUUGGGUGCAGUCAACACACUUCUGGUCUUCAAUGCUUAUCCCAACUACACUCAGUCCACCCCCAACCGAUACACUCCAUAUGACUGUGCCUGUAUUGCUGAACACUUGGAAGUGGCACAAGUUUUAUCAGAAGCAGGAGGAAUCUCAGUGACCAGGAUAAUGGAGGUGGCUGCAACAAAGAUACAAUCAGUGAUGCGUGGCUACCUGACACGCAAGAAGUUAGGAAGGCAGCAGAGGCCCCUACUGGAUCAGGAGGGCAUUGUGAUCACAGGUGAUAAGAUGAGGGGUUCAAGAAAGUCACCCAGCAGUCACAGCAAAGAUUUCAGUCCAAACAAGUGUUCUGGUAGUCAGGCAGCACCUGAGACUGAUCACCCUGGCAAGCAGAAGGGCUCAGACUUACCAGCUACACCUGCUGUAGAGACAAAGCUUGCCUCUUUGAAAAAGGAGGAAAAAGGACUCACUUCUAAACUGAGCUUUCCGCUGCGUUCUACUGCCUCUGAAUACGGGCCCUACAACUCUGUAUCUGGACAGCGUCGCUCCAAGGCCCUGCCUACCAGUAUCAUGAGAGGAGCUCGUAAGAAGACCCCACGCAACCUGGAACUCCCUGGACUGUGUGAAUUGGGAAUUAGCCAGCCCAGGCUUCCUGGACCAUUAGAAGACUGUGAAGAUUCUGAUUCAGGAACAGACAUUACUGAGGGAGUCAGGCCUUUGGUGACUGAAGUCUUGCACCAGUCUGGCAGUGUUGCCACUGCUGUCAUUACUGUAGGAGUGCACUCACAUCAAACACAGGAGGAGUCUGAUUUAGAGUGUAGAAAGCAAUGGGAUUUCAGUCCUUCAUCAGUGAAAGGAAGCCAUGCUACUGAACUUCAGCAAAGUUGCUCCCAAACAGUUUCAGAUGGGAAGAAAAUAGGCAGACUUUGCUUUAAUACAGACAACAAUGAAGAUGAUAGUUCUUCAGACUUGUACUGCCAGAAAGAAGACACAUUUUCCAUAUGUAAGAAUCAGACUAAAAAAGAAAGUGAUUAUCAAGAAACAUUUAAAAAUGAUCAUGCAAAGAGCUUCAAUGAAACUUUAAGCCUUAAAGAUAACACUAAGCUUUAUAUCAAGGAAAGAAAACAUGUUCUUAAAGAAAACAAAUUUAUAUCUCCUGAAGGUGUAAAUGACAGGAAUGCUGAUCCCAGAAAUACUGCUAGAAUACAGAAUGAAAGGAGAGUUUUGAGUGAAGAGGCUGUGAAGGAAGCAGAACAAAAGUGGAGGAAUAAACUUGCCACAGUGACCAUACAAAGAGUGCAACCACCAGGCAGCAGUAGAUCCAAAGUGUCCUCUUACAGCAUAGUGAAACCACACAGCCCCACCCCAUUGCAGUCACCAGCUGGCAUUGAAGCAGAUGCCAUCAGCACCAAGCCCAAGGAAGUCGGUGCUCAUUAUCAUUAGUGCAGCUGCCUCCCAUGUGAUAUUCUUUCUUGUUCCAAACCCAAAGCUGUGUAUUGUGGUGCUAUUUGCAUAAGAAUAUACAAUUAUAUAUUUUUGUAUCAAAGCAGAUGGAAAUAUUUUAUAUUUUGACAAAUAUGUAUACUCAGUUCUAUUUAGUAAUUGUAGACACUUGUUACAAAAGAUUGUGCAAUAUUGAAUUUGGUUUACAUUAUACCAUAACUAAAGGUAUAAAACAA